AAUCUCACACAGGAACCAGCGUCUGUUUUAUCCUUCCUUCCUUCCUUCCUUCUACAUUCAGCCAACUCUGGAGGAAUGACGACGUUAGCCAGCUAGCAAUCCGAGCAGUACUUGUGUGAUUAUUAUUAUCGGUAACACAAUUUGGAAUUUGGUUGCUUGCGUGAAACAAUGAAUUCACUGCUGUCUAAUCCGCAAGGGAACGGGCUCCUUUAUGCUGGAUUUAACCAGGACCAUGGGUGCUUUGCCUGUGGAAUGGAGAAUGGAUUUCGGGUUUACAACACAGAUCCUCUUAAAGAGAAGGAGAAGCAAGAGUUUUUGGAGGGUGGGGUCGGCCAUGUGGAGAUGCUCUUCAGGUGUAACUAUCUUGCUCUUGUGGGUGGAGGAAAGAAACCUAAGUACCCAACCAAUAAAGUAAUGAUCUGGGAUGACCUGAAGAAAAAGACAGUCAUUGAGAUUGAGUUCUCCACAGAGGUCAAAGCAGUGAAACUUCGGCGUGACAGAAUUGUGGUGGUCCUGGACUCCAUGAUCAAAGUGUUCACCUUUACCCAUAACCCCCAUCAGCUGCAUGUUUUUGAGACCUGCUACAACCCCAAAGGUCUGUGUGUGCUGUGUCCCAACAGCAACAACUCCCUUCUGGCCUUCCCUGGGACUCACUCGGGCCAUGUUCAGAUUGUGGACCUGGCAAACACAGAGAAGCCCCCCGUGGACAUCCCUGCCCACGAGGGGGCGCUGUGCUGCAUCGCCCUGAACCUGCAAGGGACCAGAAUAGCAACUGCAUCAGAGAAAGGGACACUGAUCAGAAUUUUUGACACGUCGGCAGGUCAGCUCAUACAGGAGCUGAGACGAGGCUCUCAGACAGCCAACAUUUACUGCAUUAAUUUCAACCAGGAUGCAUCCCUCAUUUGUGUGUCGAGUGACCAUGGCACCGUACACAUCUUUGCGGCCGAAGACGCAAAGAGGAAUAGGCAAUCGAGCUUGGCCUCAGCCAGCUUUCUUCCCAAAUACUUCAGCUCCAUGUGGAGCUUUUCCAAGUUCCAGUUGCCCUCGAGCUCCCCGUGUUUGUGUGCCUUUGGAACGGAGCCUAACGCUGUCAUAGCUAUUUGUGCUGAUGGCAGCUACUACAAGUUCCUGUACAACCAGAAAGGGGAGUGUUCCAGAGACGUCUACGCCCAGUUCCUGGAGAUGACAGAUGACAAAAUAUGACCUUUCAACGCCCUUCAGGAGGCACCUUUUUUUUUCCUUCUUAUCUGGAAAGGACAAGUGGUCCCUCUGCUGCACUUCUCUUGAAUGACUGCUGAAAGUCUCUGGAUUGUCAGGGCGAUGUGGAUGCUGACCCUUGAACAAAAUGCGAGGGAGAAAGAUGAAAAAAAAAAAGCGAGGAGAUGUUUUGGACAACAGUCCUUUCUUAAGAUGUCUUCCGAUGACUUUCCAGUGGAUGGAUAUUUUACAAGUCGCAUAGAUAAUUCUGAUUGAGGAAUUUUUGUCGACUCACACCACCUAAGUUAAUUCUAGGGAGUGCCUCUGAGUGGAGUGAGAACCUGCGAACACGUCGUGACACAUGACAUGGCUAGACAAAUGUACCACCGCGUGUGUGUGUGUGAGUGUGUGUGUGCACGCGCGCAUGUUGUCCAAGCAGGGUCACAAAGAGCAACCAAGCAUACAUACAGUUGGGGAGUUCAUACUUUAAUAUUGUAUACUUCACUCUCUGAACACAAGACUGAAUAUUAUUUGCAUACCAUUGUGCGGAAUGAAGUCAAAUUAUAUUUGCCUCAAGCUUUUUUCCCCCCCCCUCAUUGUGCAAUGUAUUUGUUUUAUUUUGGCGGUAGAAGUCUUGCUAUAGCUAAGUCAUUUUAUAACGUAUCAAUGUAUCGUGGCUUUUUGUUAAGAGGUAAUGUAGUCAAUAAUGCAAAAAAAUGAUGCUACCAAAAAACAGUCAAUUAACCUGGACUACAACCUUGAAAUGGGGGAAGAAGAAAAAAACUGCCCCCCCCCCCCCCCCCCCCUUUUCUUUUCAACAUAUAACUGAGCAUGUUCAUGAUUGAUGGAGUGGUCAUGGUCAUCUAAAAUUUAGAUUUUUCUUCUGCAAAUUUGAGUUAAGCAUGUCUGGAAGUACAGGAGUCAAACCCAUCUUAUGUCCGACGUAAAGAAAAGAGGCGGGAAAAUUACUUAAGCCAACUAUGGGUUGUUCCAUGUAUCAUUCCCCUCAACUGUCACAGGACACCUUGUUAUGUAAUAUCACUAUACUGUACUUAUAACCUGCUUCUUUCUGCUCUCCGCCAUGUACAUACAUUCUGCUAAUGCAAAUCAAGGAGUUGUCUUUGUGACACCAUCAGUGUGAAUUACUUAAACUGGCCUAAUUAGCAGAAAGCUGUACUUUAACAACAGUUUUGUAUUGUAUACAUUUCUAUCAGUUCUGAGGACCGGGGUUCAAAUCCCGGCCCCGCCUGUGUGGAGUUUGCGUGUUCUCCCCGUGCCUGCGUGGGUUUUCUCCGGGCACUCUGGUUUCCUCCCACUUCCCAAAAACAGACAUAGUAGGUUAAUUGAAGACUCUAAAUUGCUCGUAGGUGUGAAGGUGAGUGUGAAUGGCUGUUUGUGUCCUGCGAUUGGCUGGCGACCAGUUCAGGGUGCACCCCGCCUCCUGCCCGCAGAUAGCCGGGAUAGGCUCCAGCACUCCCGCGAGCCUUGUGAAGAUAAGCGGCUCAGAAAAUGGAUGGAUGGAUGUUUCCAUCAGGUCCAUAAGAGCAUUUACACCGCAACAUUUCACUUGUGUUCACCAGAUUGUAUAGUUGCACUGUGUUACACCUCUCAGAUCACUGAACAUUGAAGGGAUGCUGCACAAAAGUGAUAACUGAUAAGUAUAUGGCAUUAAGUUUGAUUGUAAAAAAACAAAACAAAAUCUGCAUUUAACAUUUGUUAAUUAAAUAUAACCGCAGCUUUUA